GGCGAAUUGUCAGAGAUGUUGUUGUUUAUAGAAACAGGAAGGACAGUUCUCAGAGUUCAACACACAAACAUGGAGGUUUGGCGGAUGAAUCGUGGGAAGGAAGUGGUGCCACUAAGGAAGCGAGUUCGCCAGAGAGUAGGUCCGUGAACUCCAGUGACACCGAAGAUCCGUAUCCUUCGGACGAACACUUCAGCUAUUCGGAUGACCUUGAGUCGAUCAGUAUUCGUAGUGAGAGUGUGGCCAGCGGAAGCGAGGUGAUCGGUGAAGUUUCCCAUGCAAACACUUCAAGUUACGAGCAGGAAACUGAUCUCAAGAGUCUCGCUUUGCGAUACGAACAGUUAGAGCACCAAACCUCCGAGGACAGAGCUAUUAAGACUCGCCAAGCUAACAGUGGCGUCAGUGACGCAGAUCACGACCCGGGGAGUGAUACUGAGGUCAAGGACGGACGAACAAGAAAAAGAAAGUCCCGCGAGUCAAAGAAACUGCUUCGCGAGGCCAGUGCCGACAGAAUGCGAUGGAUCAAAGAAGCCGC